AUGUCAGACUGCCCAGAUUGCUGCGACCUGGCUGAAAAUGGAGGCCGGAAUGUUCUCCGUUUUGCUGUGGAAACCAACACUUAUAAAGUAAUGAGAACUAUUACUGACCAUGCUUCCCUGGCCAACCUAAUUAAUCAGAAAUAUAAAGAAGGGAACACUCCGGUCCAUCUACUCGCUGCUAUUGGCUUUUUUCCUCUUGGUAUAGUUAAUCACCGCCUAGUUGAUAAAAAGGCCGUCAAUAAGGGCAAUUUAACUGCUCUGGAUGUGGUGGAUGUACAGAAAGAAGCCUAUAGAGGGCUGGAUAUGAACGAGUUCGGCAUUCAAUCAGGCAGGCAAUACUUGAUAGGACGUCAACAUUCGACAGCUAUAGCGAGGUCACAUAGUGUUUCAAAGCAGAGACCUGAACAUGGACCAAUGAAGAGGCUGAGUGCAGCCAAAAAGGAAGAGGAAGAAUCCAUUGAAUUUGUGAAGCUAGUUAUCAGCAAGUGUCCAUCGCUGCUAGCUGAGCCCAAUAUCAGAGGCGAAACUCCGCUGCAUCUUGCAGCAAGGUUCGGGCACAACAAUAUAGUCGAAUUUCUUAUUCGGGACAUCAAAAACGCUCAAUACGAAGAUCUUGAGAGCAGCGCAGAGGCGUCAACAAGUGAUAAGAUGCUGAAGAAGACAAGCCCAGAUGGAGACACAGCCUUACAUGAGGCUGUGAGAUAUGAUCAUCCUCGAGUGGUGGAAACAUUAAUUAGAGAAAAUCCUGAAUUUGCAAACAUAGCUAAUGCCGCCAGAGAAAGCCCGCUUUACCUUGCGGCGUUGAGAAACAACAAUAUCAUUGCUUCUAAGAUACUGGAGAAAUGUACCUCAUCGGCGGCAUACAGCGGUCCCAAUGGCAGAACAGCUUUGCACGAAGCUGUGAUAAGUGAAGAUAAAGAUCUGACAGAAAAACUACUGAAACAAAAGAGUCAUUUGGCCAAAGAACAAGACAAUGAAGGAUGGACUCCGCUUCAUUAUGCUUCCUACGCCAAUCAUCUUUCAAUUGUGGAAAUGUUACUAGAGUAUGAUAAAUCUGCUACUUAUAUUGGCGACAAAGUUGGAAAGACACCUCUUCAUAUAGCAAUUCUCAACGGCAAUAGACAUGUAAAGAUGGUGAAAAAAAUUAUCUCAUACUGCCCAGAUUGCUGCGAUCUGGUUGACAAGAGAGGUCGAAAUGUUCUCCAUUUUGCUGUGGAAGGCGAUAGUAAUGAAGGAUUCAGAACUUUAAUUGAAAAACCUUUCCUCGCCAACCUAAUUAAUCAGAAAGAUGAAGAUGGGAACACUCCGAUCCAUCUAUUCGCUACUCAUGACUUUUAUGCUGGUAAUCUUAUACAACAGCACACAAUUGAUAAAAUGAUCGUCAACAAAGAAAAUUUAACCGCUCUGGACGUGGUGGUAGCAACGAAGAAUGAAAGCUUUGGGAUAUUUCUGGGAUCUACAGCAAAACACCUAAAGAAGCCUGGAUAUAAACGAGGUCGGCAUUCAAUCAGGCAGGCACCACCUCAUAUCAUGUCAACGAUCGACAAUGAGCUCAUAACUUACCUCGGGAAAGCGAGUGAAUCCCAUCAGAUAGUAGCCACCCUCAUAGCAACAGUAACUUUUGCGGCAGGUUUCACCUUACCUGGUGGUUACAGUGGUCAAGAUGGCCCUGACGAAGGAACAGCAAUUUUAACUAGAAAAUCAGCCUUCAAAACGUUCCUUGUAACCGACACCCUUGCGUUGGCCCUCUCCAUUUUUGCUGUGCUUAUCCACUUCAUUUUGGCAAUGCAACCACCCAAGAGAAAGUUUUAUGAUCUAUUCUUUCGGGCAUAUCAUUUCACUGUUGUUGCUCUGGCUUUAAUGGUGGUGGCAUUUAUGACAGGUGUGUAUGCAGUGUUGCCACAUUCCUCAUCAGGUCUUGGGGCUGCCAUUUGUGUCAUCGGAAGUUGUUUGGCCUUAUUGUGUUGCUGGGUCCUCAAGGCUGCGUUUGUGAUUGAAUUUAAUUGA